UCAUUAGCCUUUGAACGCACUUUCUCACAGGUCACACCCGUCGCUUUGGAGAUUGAGACCUCUCUAUUACACACUGACACACACUUUACUUCUAUUGUUCUUAAAAUAGGAUUCUACUACAUAUUUACACAACACAGAAAACACUCGAAGAAUCUGUACUUAAACAAUCACUCACAAGAAGAAAAAAAAAAGCUCCAUUUUUUUUUAAUAAAAAAAAAGCAAUGAAUUCUUAUCUGUGUAUCUUGACGUUUGUAUUUCAUGUAUUAUUGGUUAGUGGGUCGUCAAGAAAUCUUCCAAUACUAUCCUUUGAUGAAGGGUACUCACACCUUUUUGGAAAUGAUAAUCUUAUGGUCCUCAAAGAUGGAAAAUCCGUUCACAUCUCUUUGGAUGAAAGAACAGGUUCUGGAUUUGUUUCACAAGACCUUUACCUUCAUGGGUUUUUCAGUGCUUCUAUUAAACUACCUGCAGAUUACACUGCUGGUGUUGUCGUUGCAUUUUAUAUGUCGAAUGGGGACAUAUUCGAGAAGAACCAUGACGAAAUAGACUUUGAGUUCUUGGGAAACAUCAGAGGAAAAAACUGGAGAAUUCAGACAAAUAUUUAUGGAAAUGGAAGCACAAACGUUGGACGAGAAGAAAGAUAUGGCCUCUGGUUUGAUCCCUCAGAGGAUUUCCAUCAAUACAGUAUCUUAUGGACUGAGAAUCAGAUUGUCUUUUACGUGGAUAGGGUCCCCAUAAGAGAAAUCAAAAGGACACAAGAAAUGGGUGGGGACUUCCCCUCUAAGCCAAUGUCUUUGUAUGCAACUAUAUGGGAUGGCUCUGGUUGGGCCACAAAUGGAGGCCGAUACGGAGUCAAUUACAAAUAUGCCCCUUAUGUAGCUGGGUUUUCAGAUUUCGUUCUCCAUGGUUGUGCUGUCAAUCCUCUUGAUCAGUCCAAGUGCCAAGCUGCUCCAACAUCCGAUUCAGUCCCUAGUGGCAUCGAUGGUGAACAGCAAAUGAAAAUGGGCAAUUUCCGUAAGAAGCACAUGCAAUACUCGUACUGCUAUGACCGUACUCGUUACAAGGUUCCUCCAUCCGAGUGUGUGAUCAAUGCCAAGGAAGCUGAACGACUUCGAGGUUUCGACCCAGUAACGUUUGGUGGGGUCCACCACCAUGGCAAACGACGCCACAGGACCAGAUCAACCCAGGCCAAGGCAUCUUCCAUUUGAUGACUACACACGGCGUAACAAUCACCUGGCAUUGCUGUUUACUUUCCUUUGAAGUUUGUUCCUUUUUUUCUUCUUCUGCUGCUGUCAAUAGAUAAAAGAAGAGAGCUAUAGAUUCAUCGAGGGUAACUGAAAUAUUUAUAUAUAUGUUUCAUACUUAUAGUCCCUCAUGGUUUGAAUAAAUAAAUAUUUAUAUAUUACAUAGCA